AUGACGAGUGUUCUGCGCCGUGUGGUGACGAAUGCUGCCGGCUGGAUGCGGCUGGCAGCACAUGUGGUGUUCUCAGUACUCGAUACAUUGGAGCAGUACGCGAUUCGAAGGAUGGCAAAGAAAAGGCCAAAUGAUAAGGAACUGGAGAGGACGCAAGCGUUUUUGUCUCGGGUCUUCUCUGAAAAGGCAACCAACGGUUCAUUACUGGUAGUAGUGGCUGCCGAGAGGUGUCAAUGCAUGCAUAGAGCUCUUCGAUGGUGCGAACAGCAUGAGAUCAAGCAGGACAGCUUUGGUUGUAAUAUCUUUGAUCGGAAUCAUUUCUUCACCCUUGAGUAA